AUGAAUGUGGAUGGUGAUGUGGAGUGGGAUUUUGGGCCAAUGAGAUUUCAGAGUUUCAUUUUUACAUGUGGUGGGACAUUAAAAGGGAAAAAUGGGACCAUAGAAAGUCCAGGAUUUCCUCACGGAUACCCUAAUGGAGCGAACUGUACGUGGGUUAUUGUAGCCGAGGAGAGGAGCAGAAUACAUAUAGUUUUUCAGUCCUUCGCUGUGGAGGAAGAAUAUGACUUUUUAUCUUUAUAUGAUGGACAUCCUCAUCCUGCAAACUUCAGGACAAGGUUAACAGGAUUUCAGGUGCCAGCGCCUGUCACAAGUACCGGAUCCAUAUUUUCCCUGCGUCUUACCAGCGACUUUGCUGUAAGCGCCCAUGGAUUUAAAAUAUAUUAUGAAGAACUACAAAGCAGUUCUUGUGGGAAUCCAGGAGUUCCUGCCAAAGGAAUCCUGAAUGGAACAGGCUUCAAUGUGGGAGACAGAAUCCGGUACCACUGUGUGGCUGGAUAUACCCUGGACGGCCACGCACAGCUGACCUGUGUCACCAGCACGUCUAAUAUAGCGGUGUGGGAUUUUCCUAUUCCCAUCUGCAGAGCUGAGGACACAUGUGGCGGGACCUUCCGCGGGUCCAGUGGCACCAUCUCCAGUCCAGACUUUCAGAAGGACUAUCAGAGCAGUGGCGAGUGCACGUGGACCAUCCUGGCUGAUCCAGGAGACACCAUCUCACUGGUCUUCACUGAAUUCCAGAUGGACAGCAAACUCGACUCUUUAGAAGUUGAGGGAUCCGAUCCACCAACAAUAUGGUUAUCAGGAAUUAAUAUUCCUGUGCCCAUAGUCAGCAACAAGAACUGGCUACGGCUUCAUUUCAUCACAGACAACAGCCAUCGGCAUAAAGGAUUCAGUGCUCAGUAUCAAGUGAAACGAUCUGGAGAUUUUAAAUCAAGGGGAGUGAAAUUAUUACCCGGAAAAGACAACACAAGUAAAUUUUCAAUAAUGAAUGAAGGGAUGGUCAAGCAGGUCUCCAACUUCUGCCCGGACCCCGGGGAACCAGAGAACGGCAAACGCAAUGGCACCAAUUACAGCAUCGGUGCGACGGUCCAUUUCACCUGUGACGGGGACCACGUGCUUCAGGGAUCCAAGAGCAUCACGUGCCAGAGGGUCGCUGAGGUGUUCGCGGCCUGGAGUGACCACAGACCCGUCUGUAAAGUGAAAACAUGUGGGAUGAACCUCUUGGGCCCUUCAGGAACGUUUACAUCGCCUAAUUUCCCCAUCCAGUAUGAGAGUAACUCGCAGUGUGUUUGGAUUAUCACCGCCAGUAACCCCAAUAAGGUUAUUCAAAUCAAUUUCGAAGAGUUCGACUUGGAGCUGGGAUAUGAUACGUUGACUGUCGGAGACGGUGGAGAGGUUGGCGACUCGAAAACAAUCAUACAAGUGUUAACGGGCAGUUUCGUCCCUGACCUCAUCGUCAGUAUGACCCAUCAAAUGUGGCUGCAUUUGCAGUCUGAUGAAAGUGUGGGCUCUAUUGGCUUUAAGAUCAACUAUAAAGAAAUUGACAAGGGAAGUUGUGGGGAUCCCGGCAUCCCUCUGUACGGACUCCGAGAGGGCGGGGGCUUCUCCAACGGAGACGUGCUGCGCUUCGAAUGCCAGUUCGGAUUCGAGCUCAUUGGCGAACGAAUGAUUUCCUGUCAGAAUAACAAUCAAUGGUCUGCUAACAUCCCCAUCUGUAUAUUUCCCUGUAUGUCCAACUUCACGGCUGCCGUGGGAACGGUUCUGUCUCCAGACUAUCCGGAAGGUUAUGGCAACAACCUCAACUGCGUCUGGCUGAUCAUGGCCGAACCAGGCAGCCGCAUCCAUUUGGCCUUCAAUGAUUUUGACCUGGAGCCUCCCUACGACUUCCUGACUGUUAGGGACGGAGAGCUGGUGGACGCUGUGGUGUUGGGACGCUUCUCUGGGGCAGAAGUGCCGUCGCACCUCACCAGCAACUCCAACAUCCUCCAGCUGGAGUUUCAGGCUGACCACUCCAUGUCCGGUCGAGGAUUCAACAUCACAUACAGCACGUUUGGACACAAUGAGUGCCCGGAUCCCGGAGUGCCUAUGAAUGCCAAGCGCUUUGGUAAUAAUUUCCAGCUGGGAAGCUCCAUCUCAGUGGUGUGUGAGGAGGGCUUCAUAAAGACACAAGGCUCAGAUACUAUUGUGUGUGAACUGGAGGCGGGAAAGGUGAUGUGGAGUGGUUUGAUCCCCAAAUGUGAAGGCAUGCCGUUUACCAUGCAAGCUCACUGCGGCAGAUCUGUGUUUAUUCGCACAUCACAAAGCCAUUUGAUCCCAUCAAUAAACAGCAGCGUGAACACUGGCUGUGCCUGUGACUUCUCAUUAAAAGAGGUGGUCAGUGAGGAACAGUUGGGCAGCCAUGUGUUCCAGACAGAACUCAAUUAUGACUUUCUAGAGGUUCACGAUGGGCCUAAUCUCCUCUCGCCCCUAAUCGCCUCUCUAAAUGGCACCCAAGUCCCUCAGUUCCUGUUCAGCAGCGGCAACUUCCUGUAUCUUCUCUUCACCACCGAUAACAGUCGCUCUAACAGUGGCUUUAAGCUCUUUUAUGAAAGCGUCACUCUGGACACUCACUCAUGUUUGGACCCCGGCGUGCCCGUAAAUGGGAUACGUUACGGGCAGGACUUGGCCAUCGGCUCGGUGGUGUGGUUUGGCUGUGAGCCCGGAUACAGACUGAGCCACGAGGAGCAGUUGGUCUGUGAGAAGAACCACUGGUGGAGCCACCCUCUGCCGACAUGUGACGCUCUGUGCGGAGGCGAUGUCCAGGGCCCAGAGGGCAUCAUCCUCUCUCCCGGCUUUCCAGAGCUCUAUCCCAACUCAUUAAACUGCACGUGGACUCUGGAGGUCAGCCAUGGCAAAGGUGUGCAGUUCACGUUUCAUGCAUUUCACCUGGAGGAUCACCAUGACUAUCUGCUCCUGACGGAGAACGGCAGUUUUGCGCGGCCCCUCGCCCGGCUCACCGGUUCGCAACGACCCCUGCCAGUCAACGCCGGGCUUUACGGCAACUUCAAGGCUCAGCUUCGCUUCAUCUCAGACUUUUCCAUCUCCUUCCAGGGUUUCAACAUCUCUUUCUCAGAAUAUGAUUUGGAGCCUUGUGAGGACCCUGGUGUGCCCCAGUUUGGCAGGCACAGCGGUGGCAGAUUUGGCAUCGGCGACACUCUGACGUUCUCCUGUGACCUUGGUUACCGCCUGCAGGGCGCUCGAGAAAUCACUUGCCUGGGCGGUGGACGGCGCAUAUGGAGUGCACCUCUGCCAAGGUGUGUGGCUGAGUGCGGCUCAACUGUUUCCAAGAACGCCGGUGUCCUGUUGUCCCCAAAGUACCCUCGCAAUUACGAGAACAACCACGAGUGCAUCUACAACAUUCAAGUACAGGCAGGAAAAGGAGUCAACAUCUCAGCUAGCACCUUUAAUCUGUCUCAUGGUGACGUUCUUAAGUUGUAUGAUGGUCCAGACAACACAGCAGAAGUUCUGGGAGGUUUCUCAGGUUCCUCUAUGUUAGGUCAGUCGUUGACCAGCACGUCGAAUCAGCUGUGGCUGGAGUUUUAUUCUGAUCAAGAGGAUACGGCUGAGGGUUUUAAGCUGGUUUACAGCAGUUUUGAACUUUCUCAUUGUGACGAACCCGGUGUGCCACAAUUUGGAUCCAAAGUCAGCGACCAAGGCCACUUUGCUGGCAGCGUGGUCACGUAUCGCUGUGAUCCUGGCUACAGUCUCCAUGGCAGCAGCAUAUUGAGAUGUAUGACGGGCGAGAGACGGACGUGGGACCACCCGCUCCCCUCAUGCAUAGGAAGCCUGUUUGCUCAUGAGAUGAGUGUUGCUCCGGCUGAUCCAUCGAGGGUUCCUCGAGAUGAAGGGAUAUCCCGAAUUUGUCUGCAGUUCUUGGCAUUUGACACGGAGGCAUCACAUGAUAUCCUGAAGGUUUGGGACGGGCAUCCGGAAAACGAGAUGGCCCUGAAGGAAGUGAGUGGUUCACUGUUACCCGACGGCGUUCACAGCACUCUUAACGUGGUCACCAUCCAGUUUGAGACGGACUUCUACAUUAGCAAAUCUGGAUUUGCCAUUGAUUUCUCAAGUUCAGUGGCGACUGCCUGCAGGGACCCGGGGACGCCCAUGAACGGCAGCCGCAGCGGAGAGGGCAAAGAGCCCGGCGACACGGUGACCUUCGCGUGUGAUCCGGGCUACGACCUGCAAGGAGAGCCCAGGAUCACCUGCAUUCAGGUGGACAACAGAUUCUUCUGGCAGCCCAGCCCUCCUACAUGUAUCGCUCCUUGUGGUGGAAACAUUACAGGCUCAUCUGGAUUCAUUCUGUCACCAAAUUUCCCCCAUCCGUACCCACACAGCAAGGACUGCGAUUGGUUCAUCACGGUUCACCCUGAUUACGUCAUUUCCUUGGCAUUUAUCAGUUUUAGCAUUGAGCCCAACUAUGACUUCUUGUACAUCUAUGAUGGACCUCACAGCAACAGUCAUCUGAUCGGCACAUUUCAAGACAGCAAGUUGCCUGAAAAGGUCGAAAGCAGCUCCAACAUCAUGCACAUUGCCUUCCGCAGCGAUGGAUCCGUGAGCUACACGGGCUUCCAUUUGGAAUACAAAGCUAAACUGCGUGAGGCUUGUUUUGACCCGGGCAGCGUGAUGAAUGGCACUCGGUUGGGUGGAGACUAUAAGCUGGGCUCCACUGUGACCUUCCACUGUGAUCCAGGCUACCAGCUCCAGGGUUAUUCCAGUCUCACCUGUGUCAUGGGCGGCACCAACAGACCCAAGUGGAACAGAGCUCUGCCCAGCUGCCAAGCUCCAUGUGGAAGCCGGUCGACGGGUUCAGAGGGCACGAUUUUGUCCCCAAACUACCCUCACAUCUACACCACGGGCCAGUCCUGUGUGUAUGAGAUCUCCGUGCCAGGAGAGUUCGUUCUCUUCGGCCAGUUUAUGUUCUUCCAGACGACCCCUAAUGAUAUGCUUGAGAUCUUUGACGGGCCCUCGACAGAGUCUCCGCUCCUCACCUCUGCCCACAGCUCUCACUCUGGAGAGCCUUUGCCACUGAGCUCUGCCAAUGAAAUCACCAUCAGGUUCAAAACCGAGGGACCAAACACAGCUAAAGGUUUUCAUUUUGUGUAUCAAGCUGUUCCAAGGACCAGCGCUUCCCAGUGCAGCUCUGUGCCCGAGCCUCGCUAUGGGAAGCGCGUUGGGAAUGACUUUGGAUUGGGCACGGUGGUGCUUUUCGAGUGUAACCCAGGUUACACUCUGCAUGGUGCCAGUGCCAUCAGGUGUGAGGCAGUGCCCAACUCACUGGCCCAGUGGAACGGCACUGUGCCAACAUGUGUCGUUCCGUGCGGAGGAGUUCUGACCACGCGCCGUGGGACCAUUCUGUCUCCGGGUUACCCCGAUCCCUAUGACAACCAUCGGAACUGUGUUUGGAAGGUCUUUGUGCCGGAGGGAACUGGAAUCCAAAUUACAGUUGUGACUUUUUCCACCGAACACAAUUGGGACUCACUAGACUUUUACGAUGGUGUCGACAGCAACGCUCCAAGACUAGGGAGCUAUUCGGGAACCACGAUUCCACCCCUGCUGAACACCACGUCCAACAACCUGUUCCUCAACUUUCAGACUGACAUGAGCGUUUCUGGAGCUGGUUUUCACUUGGAAUAUACAGCAAUAGGUUUGGACUCCUGCCCAGAACCUCAAACCCCCAGCAACGGUGUGAAAGUGGGCGACCGCUACUUCGUGGGUGAUGUUGUCUCGUUCCACUGUGAACAAGGAUACACUCUAAAGGGAAGUGCAUAUAUAACCUGCAUGCCGGGGCCUGUCAGAAGAUGGAACUACCCAGCGCCCCUCUGUCUGGCCGAGUGCGGGGGAUUCCUGUCGGACCUGAAUGGAGUCAUCCUAAGUCCCGGCUUUCCUGGAAAUUACCCCAGUGGGCUUGACUGCUACUGGACAGUUAAACUUCCUGUUGGCUUUGGGAUUCACCUGCAAUUCCUCAACUUCUCCACGGAAGCUGUGCAUGACUACCUUGAAGUCCGUAGCGGGACACUAGACUCGGGUUCGGUGAUCGAUAGAUUCUGUAUCCUGUAUCUCAUUGUUGAAAUGUACUAUAUCUCUCCUCCUAUUGUUUACGAUCCAGGGAUUCACCUGCAAUUCCUCAACUUCUCCACGGAAGCUGUGCAUGACUACCUUGAAGUCCGUAGCGGGACACUAGACUCGGGUUCGGUGAUCGAUAGAUUCAGUGGUCCCGUUGUUCCAGAAUCUUUCUUCAGCACGACCCACGAGACCAGCUUCUUCUUUCACAGCGACUACUCGCAGAACAAACCCGGUUUCCACAUCACCUACGAGGAAGGCAACGGCAUCCACAUCAACUUCACCGUGCUCAACACCGAGCCCAUCUACGACUACAUCACCAUCUGGGACGGCCCUGACCAAACAUCCCCACAGAUCGGUCAAUUCAGCGGCAGCUCGCCUCAGGAGGCCGUUUCCAGCACGUCCAAUCACAUCCUGCUCAAGUUCCACAGCGACUUCAGCACCAGCGGAUUCUUUGUUCUGCGUUACCAUGCUUACCAACUUCGUGUCUGUCAACCUCCCACACGUGUCGCCAACGCAGAGAUCCUGGCUGAAGAUGAUGAAUUUGAAAUUGGAGACAUCAUCAGGUACCGCUGCCCGCUGGGCUUCACGCUGCUCGGGAGCGAGAUCUUGACCUGUAGGUUGGGCGAGCGACUGCAGAUGGAUGGUCCUCCUCCGGUCUGCCAAGUGCAAUGUCCUGACAAUGAGGUUCUGUUCGACUCGACGGGCAUGAUCCUGAGUCCAGGUUACCCUGACAGCUACCCCAACCUUCAGAUGUGCUCCUGGAUGAUCAACGUGGAGAAGGGCUACAACAUCACACUGCACUUUGAACUCUUCCAGACGGAGAAAGAGUUUGAUAUUCUGGAGAUCUUUGAUGGGCCCAAUAUUUACAGUCAGAGUCUGGCUGUGUUGAGCGGAGAUCUCAGCGUGCCCUUCAACAUCACCACCAUGGGUCACCAGCUGUUUCUCCGCUGGUCAUCUGAUCAUGGCACCAACAAAAAGGGCUUUCGUAUCACUUACGUGGCGAUGUACUGCAGCACCCCAGACUCUCCGCAGCACGGUUUCGUGGUCAGCCAGACGGGCGGCCACGUCAACAGCGUCGUCCGCUGGGCCUGUGACCGCGGCUACAGGCUCAUCGGGAAAAAUAUAGCCGUCUGCAAGAGAACUGAGUUCGGUUAUCUGGCCUGGGACUCGUCUCUGCCGGCAUGUCAAGCUGUGUCCUGUGGGCCCCCGGUGGCCCCUGUGAACGGAGGCAUGCUGGCUGCUGAUUAUUCAGCAGGAACACGAGCCACCUAUUUCUGCAACGACGGCUUUCGUCUUUCCUCUAAAGAGGUGACCAGCACCGUGUGUCAGGCUGACGGCACGUGGAGCAACCACAAUAAAAUCCCUCGCUGCACAGUUGUGGUCUGUCCCAGUAUCGGCUCCUUCACCCUGGAUCACGGCAAAUGGAGGAUUGUCAAUGGCUCUCGUUACGAAUACGGCACUAAAGUAGCCUUUACUUGCAAUGCCGGCUAUUACCGGCUCGGCCCCGCCCACAUUCACUGUACAUCCAAUGGGACGUGGAGCUGGAGGAAUGAGCGACCUCGCUGCAAGAUCAUUUCGUGUGGAGAGCUGCCCACUCCUCCUAAUGGAAAGAAAAUUGGAACGCAGACAACCUUCGGAGCAACCGCUAUUUUUACCUGCAACUCGGGCUACAUUCUGGUGGGCUCGACUGUACGGGAAUGUCUGGCAUCGGGUCUCUGGAGCGGGACGGAGACGCGCUGUCUCGCCGGCCACUGCGGCUCUCCGGAAAGGAUUGUGAAUGGUCAAGUGAUCGGUGAAAACUUCGGCUACAGGGACACGGUAGUUUACCAGUGCAAUCCGGGAUUCCGGCUCAUUGGUUCCUCUGUGCGCAUCUGCCAACAGGAUCACAACUGGUCCAGCCAGCUCCCAUCCUGCGUGUGCCCGUCUCAAGCGCAGUGCCAGGCGGACCGUCAAUGGAGCCAGCAGCUGCCCACAUGCCGAGAGGUGGACUGUGGUCACGCUGGAUCUCCUCCUCAUGCGGUGGUGAUGGGGGAUAAAUUCAGCUUCGGUUCUACAGUUCACUACAGGUGUUUAGAAGACCGAGUUUUGAUUGGUGAAUCCACCCGCACCUGCCAGCUGAACGGCCAAUGGAGCGGCUCUCAGCCUCACUGCUCAGGUGAUAAAAGGGGUGCCUGCGGGGAUCCGGGCACACCGGCCCAUGCCACCCGAGAGGAGGGCAGCUUUCAGCAGCACGCCAAAGUGCGCUUCACUUGCGCCACGGGUCACACGCUCUACGGCUCGGCAGAACGGAUCUGCUUCCCCAACAGCACUUGGUCGGGCCGUCAGCCCACCUGUAAACCUGUUCAAUGCGGGAAUCCUGGGACUCCGGCUAAUGGGUGCAUUUUGCGUGUUCACGGCACCACCUUCUCUCACUCCAUCGUCUACUCGUGCGUGGAUGGAUACCGGCUCUCCGGGUCGCCCUCCCGUCAGUGCCUGGCGAAUGGUACCUGGUCUGGCAGCGAGCCCAACUGCACCCUGAUUAGCUGUGGGGAUCCAGGCGGACCUGCCAGCGGCCUGAGGUUCGGCGAGGACUUCACCAUCGGCCAGAACGUGACGUAUUCCUGCCAGCCCGGUUAUGUGAUGGAGAACGGGAGCUUCGUUAUCCGCACCUGCACCCACAACGGCACCUGGAGCGGCACCUUACCCACCUGCCAAGGGGUGACCUGCGCUCCUCCGCCUAGCGUGUCUAACGGUGAGGUGGAGGGCUCUGUGUUCGAGUGGGGCACCAGCGUGAGCUACCGCUGCCUGAUGGGAUACGAACUGUCCUUCCCCGCCGUCCUCACAUGUGUCGGCAACGGCUCCUGGAGCGGAGAGGUUCCUCUGUGCCUACCCAAGUUCUGCGGUGACCCCGGGUUACCUCCGCGCGUCAGACGAGAAGGUCAGAGCUUCAUCUUCAAAGCUGAGGUCACGUACAGCUGCAGUGCCCCCUAUGUGCUGGUGGGCUCCUCGACACGCACCUGUCAAGCAGACGGCACGUGGAGCGGGACGCAGCCGCGCUGCAUAGAACCGACUCGGACGACGUGCGAAAAUCCAGGUACUCUGGAGUACGGCUCUCUGAACAGCAGUCUGGGCUUUAAGGUGGGCAGCACAGUGAAGUUCCACUGUCAGACGGGCCACUUGAUACUGGGCUCCACCACACGGACAUGCCAGCAAGAUUUGACCUGGAGUGGCACUCAGCCAGAAUGUGUCCCCCACUCCUGUAAGCAACCAAAGACCCCGCCGCAUGCCAACGUGCUGGGCAUGGACCUGCCCUCAUUUGGCUACACGCUGCUCUAUUCCUGCCAGCCUGGUUUCAUACUCACCGGGGGCUCGGAGCACCGCGCGUGCCGGCCGGAUGGAUCCUGGACUGGGAAAGUGCCCGUUUGUAGAUCUGGCUCGAAGACAACUGAAAAAGUCAUAACGUCUGUUCAAGGAACAUUGAGUCCCAGAGUCAACGUUCCUGACGACGUGUUCGCGCCCAUGUACGUGUGGAAAGGUUCGUUUGAGUAUAAAGGAGUGAAACAGCCGAUGACUUUGACAAUCACUAGCUUUAACGCGACUACGGGGAAAGUCAAUGUGACUUUAACUAACAGGCACUCAGAACUGCUGUUGUCAGGUGUUUACAAGAGUCGAGACGCUCGUCUGACGCUGCGGCUGUAUCACAUGAGAGCUCUGGUGAAGAGCACCUACAGCAAGAUCACUGAGGAGACCUUGAUCAUGGACGGCUUUGUCUCUGCUGACCAUGAAGGAAACACAUACUUGUUUCAAGGCUUUAUACAAGGUAGAGACUAUGGCCCGUUUGGACUACAGAGACAAGGUCUGAACAUAAUAGAGCCAACCAGGAACCCGGAGGUUCCACCCAGAACCAACAGCAGCUCUGUGGCCGUUGCGAUUCUUGUGCCUUUCUUUGCCCUGAUUUUUGCAGGCUUUGGCUUUUAUCUCUAUAAACAGAGGAAGUCUGAUAAAGCGGAGUACAGCGGCUGCUCUGUGCAUGAAAACAACAACGGCCAGGCUACAUUCGAAAAUCCAAUGUACAACACCAAUUCCAAAUCCAUCGAGGGAAAGGUCGUCCGCUUCGAUCCCAAUCUCAAUACGGUUUGCACAAUGGUUUGAGGG